AUGUCAUGUCCCAGGAUUUUACGGCAAUUGCAGCACCUUACUGAUUCGUCUUGGCUGAAGGAGACAGAGGUUCCAGACAUGGAGUUGUUCAGGGUAAAUAACGGUAAUUGGAACAAAUUUGGGGAAAACCCAGUGAAUUUCCGGAUCAACACGUUUAAGCUAAGGAAAGCUAUGGAGCUGAACGGUCUACUCACACAUAUCAGCAGGGAUGGAAAAAACCCAGUGAAGGAGGACGAACAUGGUGUCAAAUGCAACACAAGGUUUUGGAAUGAGGAGAGCGUAAUAGAGCAAUGUGGGUUUUGGGGGCUACCAUCUUUCAUCAACCAUUCGUGUUUUCCAAAUGCUAAACGUAUGGUGGUUGGAAAAGCCAUGUUCAUUAUAGCUGUGAGAGGAAUUGCUGCAGAAGAGGAAAUAACUGUUCCUUACACCAGAAGCCUUUAUCCACUGGUGGUACGCGAGCGCUAUUUCACACCAUUGGGGUUUCGCUGUGAGUGUAAGCGGUGUGUGUUGGAACGGUCUCUUGAUCCAUCUUUCCAAGAACUGGGUCCUACAAUCUGCAAUUACUUGCAAUCCCGGACAAAACCAACAAAUAUUUCAUCCACAGAGUUGGUGGAGUUAAUGAUAGGAUUCGCUCUGAUGCUGGAGAAAAUUGACGCCAAGGAUGAAGUGAAGCAACUCAUACGCGCCUCAUUCCAUUAUCUCUACAAAUUUGUUUUGGCUGCCAUUGAAUUGAAUACUGAUUUAAGUGUGUUGUCAGAGUCGCUUCCUACAACCAUGAAAGUGGCAGAGGCAUUGUGGCAUGCUGAAUCAGGUUCUGAUGCCUCCCUAAAGAUGUUUCAGAUGCUUCUACAGGAAGCGCAUGGAAAAAAAGAGGGAUUCACUUUUUCACAAGGCUAUGGAAAACAGCAUAGCGAUAAUUGGAAAACAGAAAGAUGUCCUUAA